CACGUGGUUGCCGCUGUGGCUCGCGGCCUCGUGGAUUUGCGCGCGAGGGUUUGUGUGCGACUCAUCACCGAAAUGUUUGUGUUCGCCGAGUACGAGCAUUCUUUCGACACCGCCGUGGUUGAGCACACGCGCGUCCGAAACUCGGAAUCGGAGCGCUUUGAGCCGAAGCACGUGAAUGACUUCGAUCGUAUGAGAACCUACUACGUGCGGUCGUGUCGUAGAGACAGCCGCAAGUGCGCCUACGAGGGAGCCAAGAUCAUUCACAUGACAGGUACUCUGGAGGAAAUGGCCAUGUUCAGAGCAAACCGACCGAGGCUAGCAGAUGUUGGACGAGAAGACUUUGAUAAGGAAGUGUGCGACACUCGGCCACCACUGUGCAAGGACAGAGAACACAUCCGGGAAGAAGAGCGGCAGCAGCAGAUUGACGAUGCCUUGAGCAAUUACAAGUUGGAACAUGCGCCCGAGGGUGCGAGCACAGAUUUGCAGCAGAGGCUGCUGGCAAUGGAGAAAGAGCUCGAAAGGCUGAGACAAGAAGGAAGAAGGGAAAGGCCAUCGAUGGCAGUCAGCGCCAGUGACUCUAUGUUCAAAAGUGCCUACGCUGACCUCGACAAGAGGUACAGGAAGAUGCAGACAGAUUUCAAAACCCUUAAGAGUAAUCAUGAGCAGCUCAUGAAACGCUUUGAGGACAGAAAUCGGGUCAACAUGUGA